CUCGUGAUAACUGCUUCUAAACUCAUUUAGACAGCUUCGAAGAUGAACUCGUUGUUGACGAUCACUACUUGUUUGAUGCUGAUCGGAACUGUGUUGGCAGAGGAUGGUUAUUUGUUUGACAAGAGAAAGCGCUGCACACUCGAAUGCAUAGACAAGACAGGAGACAAAAAUUGCGAUACGAAUUGCAAGAAGGAAGGAGGUAGUUUUGGCAAAUGCUCCUAUUCUGCAUGCUGGUGCAAAGGAUUGCCCGGAAUUACACCGAUUUCACGUACUCCCGGUAAAACAUGUAAAAUAUAAUGGCAACUUUUUUUUAUUGUGCACCAACAGAAAUAUUGUAACGCUUGUUAAUUGCAAUUAAUUGAAAUAAAAUGUAAUACUUUUA